CCUUGUUUUUUAUUUUCCAGAACAACUUCAAAAGCAUAUCCUCAGUCUCCAAAGAUGGCAAAGCCACCAUACUUAGGAUCUCCUGUGAAAUACCGCUUUCCCCCCAUUCCCAGUCAAGAAACACCCAAGAAGAAAGCAGAAAAAGAGAAGAGCAAUAAAGAAAGGGAGGGUGCCUCUGGUCAGCGGGAUAACUGGGCCUGUGGUAAAGAGGAAAUUCCAGAGAAGCACAUGGCUGACAAGCAUGCCACUGAAAAGCACUCCACCGAGAAGCACACUGGAGGAGGGAAAGCUGAGAGCAGUGCAGCCUUGGGGAAGCCCACAGCAGGCACCACUGAUGCAGGAGAAGCUGCAAAGAUUCUGGCUGAAAAGAGACGCCAGGCUCGACUGCAGAAGGAACAAGAAGAGCAAGAACGACUGGAAAAGAAAGAACAGGAGAGGUACGAAAGAGAGGAAUUGAAAAGAAAGGCAGAGGAAGAAAGGCUGUGCCUAGAAGGAGAAGUUUACAAGCAAAAAGAAGAAAAGAAGCAGCUGGAAGAAGAAGAGAAAAGAAAAGCAGGAGAGGAGUCCAUGCGAAAGGCUAAGGAGGAGUUGUUGAAAGAAAAGCAAGAAAAAGAAAAGCAAGAAAAAGCCAUGAUUGAAAAGCAGAGAGAAGCAGCAGAAGCAAAGGCUCAGGAGGCAGCUAAACAGAUGCGUCUAGAAAGAGAACAGAUCAUGCUGCAGAUUGAGCAGGAGCGACUAGAGAGAAAGAAGAGAAUAGAUGAAAUCAUGAAGAGAACAAGGAAGAGUGAUGUGUCUCUAGAAGUCAAGAAAGAAGACCCUAAAGUGGAGAUUCAGCCUAUCAUAUAUGUGGAAAAUAAAACAAAACCAGUUGGCCCCAACAAAAUAGAAAUCAAUGGAUUGAAUACCUGCCAAGAAGUGAAUGGUGUUGAACAUGCUGCCCCAGAAACUUUUCCCCGAGACAUUUUCUCUAAUGGGCUUAAACCGGUUGGGGGACUUGUUCAUCUGGAUGCCCUUGAUGGGAAAUCAAACAGUCUGGAUGAUUCAACUGAAGAAGUUCAGUCUAUGGAUGUGAGUCCUGUUUCCAAAGAAGAGCUUAUCUCCAUCCCAGAAUUUUCACCAGUGAGUGAAAUGAUUCCUGGGGUAUCUCUGGACCAAAAUGGAACUGGUAAUGCCCGAGCACUUCAAGAUAUCUUAGAUUUCACUGGUCCCCCCACGUUCCCCAAGAGAUCCAGUGAAAAUCUCAGCCUAGAUGACUGUAACCAAAACCUUAUUGAAGGAUUUAACAGUCCUGGGCAAGAAACUACUCUGAAUACCUUCUGUUGA